GCAAAGGGCCUGCGGUCGUAUGGUCUUGGGUCUUGGUGCGAGCUCGUGAGAAAGCAGUUUCUGGGCCCUGCCCCUAACUUAGGGGGGGACUCACGGUUUUAAAGAAGCCCUCUCUGAGUCUGCCUUCGUCACUCCUCCUUCUAGAGGUUUCUGCACACAUUGCAGGGGGUUCCACUCACAAUCUUAGGGGGCAGAGCCAGCAAGCCCCCCGGGGAUCCCCUGGCCAAACCUACUCCGGGGGCCUCUCAGGGCCUCAUCGAGGAGCACGGGGCCACAGCGAGGGGACAGGUGUUUAGUUCUGUGUGUUUCUGGAAGGAGCCUGGGAACAGGUGCAUGGUUUUGGAGAAGCUGCUGCCCCCACCCCCACCCCGGCACUGGCUCCCCGGGGAAAGGAGAACUUCCCGGCCGGCCCUGCCCCUGCCCUGCGAGGGCUGCACCCGGAGAACUGAGACAGGAAGUGGGUGGCGGCCGCAGGGAGGGCGGCACCCGUGCAGGCGGUUUACGUGGGAGCCACGAGGACCUUGCCCCACGGCCUCUUCUGGUGGCUUCGAGGGUCAGGACUUGGAGAACCUGGACACGGGACUUGAGCAGAAAGGCCUGGCGAGAAGUUGGAGCUUCUGUGACUUCUGUGCACCGACAGGCCCGCAGCCCCUGUGCCGGCGAGGCCCCGGCUGAGACUGGUGUUCGAAGAUGCCGAGUCGGAAGUUCGCCGACGGGGAGGUGGUACGGGGUCGCUGGCCCGGGAGCUCGCUUUACUACGAAGUUGAAAUUCUGAGCCAUGACAGCGGCUCCCAGCUCUACACCGUGAAGUACAAGGACGGGACGGAACUCGAGCUGAAGGAGAGUGACAUCAAGCCCUUGACUUCCUUCAGGCAAAGGAAGAGCGGCUCAGCCUCCAGCUCUCCCUCCAGACGCCGAGGGAGUAGGUCCAGGUCCCGCUCCCGAUCCCCGGGCCGACCUCCCCGAAGCUCCCGCCGAUCCGCCUCUGCCUCGCACCAGGCCGACAUUAAGGAGAUGAGGAAGGAAGUGUUGGAAGUGAAGUUGACCCCGCUCGUGCUGAAGCCAUUUGGAAAUAGCAUCAGCAGAUACAACGGGGAGACUGAGCGCACCGAGAGGGGUGGCAUGCCUCACAGACACGCUGAGGAAAAAUUCCAUCUGUCAGAGGAACGUAGUUAUGCAUCUACACAGUAUAGCCUGCGUCCUAGAAGAGAAGAGAUGCAAGCAAUGGACUCAAAGCAAGAAAACAUUGUUACGACGACAAGAUCUGCGUCGCUGAAAACCUCUCAAGCUCCAGCCACGCAGACCAAGGACCUGGAGUUUGGGGGAGUCCCUGGCGUGCUUCUCAUCAUGCUGGGACUGCCCGCCUGCCUCUGCCUGUUGCUGUUGAUGUGUAAACAGAAGGAGCCCAGUCUUCUGAACUUCCCGCCUCCGUUGCCGGCCUGGCAGGAUUUGUGGGAAACCAGAGUGUUUGGGGUCUACAUCCUCUGGUUUUUAAUGCAGGCUCUGUUCUACCUGCUGCCGGUCGGGAAGGUUGUGGAAGGAAUGCCCCUUGCUGAUGGAAGAAGGCUCAAGUACAGACUCAACGGGUUCUGUGCUCUCCUCCUGACGUCCGCGGUCAUAGGAGCAGCCGUCUUCUGGGGCGCGGACCUGCACUACGUGUACGGCCACUUCCUUCAGUUCGCACUGGCCGCUGCCGCCUUCUCCCUGGGCCUGAGUGUCUACCUGGCGGUGCGGGCGGCGGGGGCACCUCCCGGUGCCCUGGCCCCCUCCAGCUCCGGAAAUGCCAUCUAUGAUUUCUUCAUCGGCCGUGAAUUGAAUCCUCGGAUCGGUACUUUUGACCUCAAAUACUUUUGUGAAUUGCGCCCUGGAUUGAUUGGAUGGGUGGUGGUGAACCUGGCGAUGCUUCUGGCUGAGAUGAGGCUGCAGAACCGAGCUGCCCCGUCCUUAGCGAUGACUCUGGUUAACAGUUUCCAGCUCUUGUAUGUGGUGGACGCGCUCUGGAACGAGGAAGCACUGUUGACAACCAUGGACAUCACCCACGACGGGUUUGGGUUCAUGCUGGCGUUCGGAGACCUGGUGUGGGUUCCCUUCAUCUACAGCUUCCAAGCCUUUUAUCUGGUCGGCCACCCAAAUGAAGUGUCUUGGCCGAUGGCCUCUCUCAUCAUCGCCCUGAAACUUUGUGGAUACGUAAUCUUCCGAUGUGCAAAUUCUCAGAAAAACGCAUUCCGGAAAAAUCCCGCUGAUCCAAAGCUUGCACAUUUGAAAACCAUUCACACCUCGACGGGCAAAGAUCUUCUGGUUUCUGGAUGGUGGGGCUUUGUUCGCCACCCCAAUUACUUGGGUGACCUCCUCAUGGCCCUGGCGUGGUCCCUCCCCUGUGGUUUCGGUCACGCUCUGCCGUACUUCUACGUCGCCUACUUCACCGUGCUGCUGGUGCACCGGGAGGCCCGCGACGAGCGCCACUGCCGCAGGCGGUACGGCCUGGCGUGGGAGCAGUACUGCCGGCGGGUGCCCUACCGUAUCCUGCCCCGCGUGUACUAGCCGCCCACGCGCCUGCCCCGCGGCUUCCCCGGGAGACCAAGAGAAGGCUCCGGAGCGAAUCUUCAUCUGUCGCACCGACGGGGUCUUACUUUUCUUUCUGAGUCCGGACCGGGGGGCCCGGUGGUCUUUUAACGCAGCCACGCCUGCGGCCACUCGGUCCUGACGCCGGACGGAGGACAAGGGGGAUCGUUGGGAUUUGCUUUGUGCCGGGAGACGGGCCGUCCUUGAAGAUGCACUGAGACAAUCCCGGUGACGUCUGUGGGUCUCCAGGACUUUCCAGCUGUGACUGUUUCUUUCUGUCCUCGUGUUUCCUAAGUGACACCAGCCGCCCCGUGGAGCCUCGUCCACAUCUCGUGAAGAGAACUCGCGUCCGCUUGCUUCCGAAGUAAAUCAUUCGUGGGCGACGGGGUUUGAAAGAGGACUCGGGUCCCGUGUCCGCUGCCGUGAGCGGGGACCCGGUGCUCUCUGUGAGCGGGGACGGGGCCGUUCGCAGGGGCAGAUGAAGGGAGACCCUCAGCAGUUCGCUUACCCUCCGCUUCUGGAACUGCGCCGGAAAGUGUAAGUACACAGAUUUUAUGUAAUAUAUGGGGACUGCGGGUCUUUCUGUACAGUAUUUUGAAUGUGAAAUAAGCGUUAGGACUAAGGAUCUUUUUAACGAAAACGUUUGCAGUAUUUUAAAUUAAAUUUUAUAAAGUCAUACCUGUCGAUUAAAAAUUGUGAAACCAUUAGAAUUCACUUGACGUUGUCUAAAAGAUGCUGGUAAGACCCGGGAGGGGUGUUUUCCUUAACCCAAAGCUGGCGGAUUUGGCUUUGCUACCUCACGCGCAGGUGUCCGUUUUGCCUUUAUAAACUGUUGCAGAUAGAAAAAAAAAAUAGAAUAUAUAUUUUUGGAGUCACAGCACUAUUUAAACAUUUUUACACAGAUUGGUUUUUGAAAACUUGCCAUUUCGGGCUAAUAUUUUUGUACGUUUUUGACUUUUUUAAGAUAAAACCGUGAUUUUGCUCCGGGUGAGGCCACGCUGUUUAUACUGUAGCUCGUACGUCCCUUGUCUUCACCAACGCUCCUCCCCGUGACGGGGGGCGGCGCUCCUCUUUAGAAGCCUGUUGAUCUACAGAUAAUUGAAGGGAAGAGUCUAUUUUGUUCAGUCAUUGGUCCGUUUUAGUUUUUUGUUUAACGGGGGUGCGCGGGGCAGCCGUAGCUGUGAAGUUCUAGUCGAUGUAGUCUCCUAAUUGAUUGUCCUGUAACGGACCAGUAGCAGAUUCACUAAAAGAUUGUAUUUAAAUUGUUCUCGGGAUCUUAACUGUGGGGGAUCGAACGGAGCGUCUGGGGCGUCGAUGCAUCUUGUAGACGAGACACGGGUCCGCGGUGUUGUCCUGCGCUGCCGUGGGCGCCGUGUGUGACUUUGCUCCGCGAACGUGGUGGUGAGCCGGCGGCCUCUGGCACCCUCGCCCGCACCCCGUGGUCUUCGCGUCUUCCACGCUGAUGGAAGCAAGCAGCUUUUCUCCUGCGUCGGGAAGAGUGUCCCAUCGUGUCCUCGAGUCACCAACGAAGCUUUGGGGGAGGAGGGAGGAGGUCUAGUUCUUUCUCUGGUAAUGUGAAAAGAGCCUUUACCAACAUAGUGCUGCAGUUUCUGGAUAUCAGCUAUGAUUUGUUUUUAGUUGUUUUUGACAUGUUUGUUUGACAAGUUUUAUAAUGAAGUUUGAAGUUGGAAAUAAAGUUGAAAAUAAAAAAGAUGCUGGCC